UGGCAACAGCUUGUUGCCCACACAACAUCAACAAUACAGAAAAUUUAGUCCAUCUUUUAAUAAAUCUGUCAUUGAGAAUCUUUUGCAAAUGAUUUUGAGAUUAUGAUUCAAUUAAUUACUCUCAUUUGCUUGGCUGUUGUUGUGCUGCUUAUUGCUGUUUAUAUUAUAAAUUUUCUGUCCCGGAAAAAAAGUCCCAAACACGGUGAAAAUGAAGCUCAAAGACCUAGAGGGAUUCCUGUCUUACGUGGUGAUGGAGUUGAAGCUCCAAGAAGAGGUGGUCGAAACGUAAGAGCCAGAAUGAGAGCUGCUGCCACCAGACAAGAGGAUGAUGAAGAAGAUCUCUUGGCUGAAGAUAUUGCCUUCCCUGAAGGAAAAGUUGGUGCCAAAAAAAGGAAGAAACUUGAACAAAAAGCAGAAAAACGUAAAGAAAGAGAGAGAGAACUUGAAGAACGGGAAGAGAGAAAGCAAAGGCAAGCCCAGUUGGAAGAACUGAGGAAAAAAGAAGAAUUAAAGGAAAAGGAAGAAGAAAAAAGGAAGGAAGAAGAAGAAAAAGCAUUGAAAGAAGAGGAAGCUAGAAAAGAACAUGAAGAAUAUUUGAAAUUAAAGGAAUCAUUUGCCGUUGAAGAAGAGGGCUUUGAUCAGGAUGAAAAUGUUGAAGAAGGCAAUAAAUUCCAAGAGUUUAUUGACUACAUAAAGGGUCAAAAAGUUGUUUUAUUAGAAGACUUAGCAUCUCGCUUUAAAUUAAAGACACAGGAAGCCAUUGACAGGGUUCAAGAACUUCUCGCACAAGAAUGGUUGGUUGGUGUUAUUGAUGAUCGGGGGAAAUUUAUUUAUAUUACUAAAGAGGAACUAGAGUCUGUUGCUCAAUUUAUUCGACAAAGAGGCAGGGUGUCUAUAGCUGAAUUAGUGGAUCAUAGCAAUACUUUAAUUAACCUUCAACCAGAAGAAAUCCCUGUAACAUCUUAAGACCAAAGUGUUCAAAAUUCUGCUGUUAAAUAUUUUACUUGGUUGCUUUGAAAUUGAAAGUUUUAUGAUGUAUCUAUAUACUUCCUUGAUGUAUUUAACUUUGUUAAUGUUUACUUUUAAAUAAUAAAAAUUAUAAAGCAAAAGUGUAUUAUGAAAAUAAAUUAUCAUCUGUAUUGCUGCUUUUUUUACCUCUUGUUAAUAACUUAUGAUAUUAAUUGU